GGGGGGUCAGCGCCGUUCUGUCUUUGCGUUCGUUCCGGGAAGGAGAGCGGCAGCGGUGGCACCGAUGGCUCCCAAGGGCGGCAGCGGCGGGGCUCGGCAGCAGUCGGAAGAGGAACUGCUUCUGCAGGAUUUCAGCCGCAACCUCUCGGCCAAGUCCUCGGCGCUGUUCUUCGGCAACGCGUUCAUCGUCUCGGCUAUCCCGAUAUGGCUUUACUGGCGGAUCUGGCACAUGGACCUCUUUCAGUCUGCAGUCCUCUACAGUGUAAUGACCCUUGUUAGCACCUAUUUGGUUGCUUUUGCUUACAAGAAUGUGAAGUUUGUUCUCAAGCACAAGGUAGCCCAGAAGCGGGAAGAUGCUGUUUCCAAAGAAGUGACUCGCAAGCUUUCAGAAGCAGAUAAUAGGAAGAUGUCACGAAAGGAGAAGGAUGAGAGAAUUUUGUGGAAGAAGAAUGAAGUGGCAGACUAUGAAGCAACAACCUUCUCUAUCUUUUACAAUAACACCCUCUUCCUCGUCCUGAUCAUCGUUGCUUCUUUUUUUGUGUUGAAGAACUUCAACCCCACCGUGAAUUACAUCCUCUCCAUCAGUGUUUCAUCUGGACUGAUUGCUUUAUUAUCUACAGGCUCAAAGUAGAUAGAAUUGUUCGAGUAAAUUAAUUCAACCCUGUCAUACCCAACCAGAAGAAGGUGGAAUUGCCAUUUUUUGUAGAUUGGUCUUUUCCUCCUUCUUCUUCUUUGUUUUUUGAAAAGAUGGGAUAAGAACGGGGAACAGUUUUAUUAUAAAAUAUGAAGAUGAGGCAUUCUAAUUUAGGCUUGCAAUAUGCUUAUUCAAAAUACUUUUGACCAUUUUGGGGGAUAUAGGAAUUCACCUGUAUCGAGAAGUUCUUAAACUGCAUCUGGAAUUCUUGAUCAGAAGUUUUUGUUAUUUGUAUUCUUUGUUACUAAAAAAAAAAAAGCUUUGUUUGCUACAAACAGUGAUUGUAUGCCUCAGCAUUUUGUAACUACACUUUAAUAAAGCGUUUAAAAA